AUGUCGAUUGAUAUAAUGUUCCAAUCGUUCGCGAACGAGUUAGAUGUUCACCAUGAUCGACGUGAGGCUAUUAUCAAGUUAAGCCGAGAUAUCACAUCGGCAUCGAAGAAAGUCAUCUUUUAUCUUCAUCGACUUACUUCCAAUCAACGUGAUCCCAAGGUCCUCUUUGUUGAGGCGGAUCGAAUGAUGGCCGAAGUGGUCAAGACGAUUUGGAUGGUUUCUAGCAAACUAAGCUCGACUGAUGAGUUUUUCAGGUAUUAUCGAUCAAUAUCCCCUGGUAUUCAAGAAUUCAUUGAAGCGAAAACGUACUGCGAGUAUCUGCGCACACGUACAUUGAUUACCAAAGACGAGAUUGAAGAGUACCUCCAAAGCUUCCCUCAGGCUCCAUCCGAGACGGCCCCAAAGUUUAUGCUCACCAUCACCAUUGAAGAUUACUUAGGAGGCGUUGCUGAUCUAACAGGUGAACUUAUGCGUCAUGCAAUUAAUUCUUUGGGCAAUGGAGCGGAAAGAGGAGCACAAGUGACAAAAGAGGCUAUUGAUUUUAUCCGAAGCUUGAAAUUCCAGUUGGAAGGACUGGUACCUAACCUAUAUCGCUUUGAACAAAAAAUGUCUACAAUGCGAAGUUCAUUGAAAAAGAUUGAGGAUGCUGCAUAUACAAUCAAGAUCAGGGGUGCUGAAUAUGCAGACUCGCCUCGUUAUCUAACCAUUUUCAAAGGUUCGAUCAAGAUAUGGCUUCUGCAGCACCCAUGGAGUACUGAGGACGCGGUGAUCUGA